AUGGCUUUAAGUAUUAAACAAUUCAUCAAUGUAGCCGGUAUGGUUAAAGAUUUAAAGAGUUUCAAUUUUAGUGUAUAUGGGAGAUGGUUUGGUUACAUUAAUAUUAUCCUUUGUAUAGCGUUAGGAAUAGCGAAUUUAUUCCAUGUAAAUGCUGUGGUAGCAUUUGGUGUAAUAGCUAUAGUACAAGGUGUUGUUAUCUUAUUUAUUGAAGUACCAUUCUUAUUAAAAAUAUGUCCAAUGUCUGAUAAUUUUAUUGAAUUUAUUAAAAAAUUUGAAACUAAUGGUUGGAGAUGUGUCUUUUAUUUAGUUAAUGCAAUUAUUCAAUAUUGUUCAAUUGCUUUAAUGGCAACAAGUCUUAUUGUUUGUGCCGUUGGUUUAACUAUAUCUGCAAUGUCAUAUGCAGUUGCAUUUUCAACAAAACAAGAAUUUCAAAAUACUCAUAUUAUUAAGAGUCCAACAGAUGAUGAUUUCCCACAUGAAGCUGUUGUUAGGGAAAUGUUAUAA